AUGCAGGUCCGCGAUAAUGUACGAAUGAUCUGCACACGCAUGCAAACGCUGCUUAACCGCCGCUCCAAGCAGAAGCGCACUCUAGAAAUCUCUGCCCCUUUCGACCUCAAACUCGAGCCCGUCUCUCUCCCCGGUGUCUCCCAGGACGAGCUCGCCAUCCUCCGCGAAAAGGCCACCGCCAGCCGCGUCGGCAUCACAGAAUACAUUCCCCGCUCCUCCUCCUCCAUGACUUCGUGGGAGAAUCGCUCCCAGACCUUUGUCUACAAUCGCAGCAAUACGCCCCCUCACGCUCACGCCCGUCGACCUGUCUGGUAG